UUGAACGCCAUGAGCGCUCAACACGUCACAGGAAAGCAAAGUCUGAUAGAUGUAGAUCUGUGUAUUUAUUUCUUCUUUUACAGAGUCUUUGAACUGGAAUACUUCCUUUCUUGUUAUCAUCACAAGUCAGAAGACUAAUGACUAAUGUGUUUACGUCGACAUCGGAACGUAUGCCCCUGCAAACUUUUCAAACUUUACACAAACAAUUAAAUGAGUCAUAUAGGUGGCUGCCUAGUUAGCCUAUGCCUAAGGCCGGCCCUGCCCUAACUACCAAAGACAAACAAAGCCACCACCAGACAUCCCAUCCUUCAUCUUUAAAGUCUUUUAUAAAGGCCUAGUCACCAUGAUUGGUAGCAUCCACAGUCACCUGGAGUACAUCUCCCAACUGGAGUGGCUCGAUUGGCCGGUUGCCGAGGAAACCGAGUCUCAAGGUGGAGGUGGACAAGAUACGUGGACAUGGCUAUCGACAAUGACUGGAGGGCACGCUGGUGUCGUCACGCUUGUCCUGUCUUCAGUCGUCACACUGAUGCUUCUAACUCUGCUCACACUCUUCUUAUAUAGACGACACUACGGGACGCAAACAGAAGCCAAACUACAAGUUGAGCUGGUCACGGAAGUGUCGCCUUGUGUAGUGGUAGAGCAAUGCCAAGGCUCUGAGAGUAAGCCUGAAAAGGCUAGCGAGACGGAUGACGUCAUCAAGAUAGAUAUUAAACAUGAGUCCAUUAAGAGCCCAGAGCUUUUCGAAUGUAUGGACACUGAUUGCGUGGCUGCGGAUGCUGUGAAUGUGAGCACCAAUGCAGAAGUUGCUGUUGCACACAGGCAAGACACCUGCUCGUCAAAUGUGGCAUUGUUUCCUGGUCCUUUCACAGCUGAGACUACCAAGAUACCUGUCUACACAACUGCAUCGUCUCCUAAAGUGGCAAGACCAUUAAAGAAAAAUCAGAAAAAUCGGAACAGAGUCAACAGAUCAACAUCUUUCAAAAAGUUCCGUAACUCAGGCAAGCGCGAAACUUUCCGCGAUCCAAAGAAAACGUACAUGAUAGUCAUGAUGAAGACUCCACUUCCUGGACAAGGAUUUCCGCCAGCGGUACGACCAUCAGACUUACCUUCAACAGGAAAAUGCUUCAAGUUCAACGAAGACUUGACCGCUGCAGCGUUGGGCAGGCUAGAACACGCAGGCAAUCAAAAGGCACCAGAAAAGCCCAACUGUCCAACUAUAGAAGUGAUACAAAGUGACGACUGUCCAAAAGUGGCAGACGACAGGGAGAUCAAUAUGACCAGCUGUAAUACAAUUCUACACGGCCAAGAAGGACGCACUAAGCUCAAACGAAUCAGAAAUCCUCUUGACGCCAAGAAAAAAGCUACUCGACCUAAAGGACGCUCAAAGAAAGGUCGCCUCAAUAAUUGCACAUCUACCAUAUUUAGGAUGAAACGUAAAGCCCUUACAAGAGAAAAUACAUUUUUGGUGGACAAUUCACUUCUUGACGGAACAUACCAGUUCCCGCCAAAAAAGAUGACCAACAAACAAUUAGAGACAAUGUAUAAAAAAAGUAAAUUGCCCCUAUCAGAUAUAUCAACUGAUCACAUUUGCAAAAACUUCAAUCUCAAAAAGACUGAAACUCCAGUUCUCAAUUCACUCAAAGGUGAAGGAGCAUUUGAGUGUUACUCGAAGAACAGUCAGUCCAUGUCAAGAGACUCUCCAGGGCCUAGUGUAAAGUCUGUUGCAGAAAAAGGGCGCGUAAAAAACGAUUUGGGUUUACGAAGAAACAACUCGGAGGAGACCGAUUCCUUUGACAUUUCCCCCAAGCGGUACCGUUACGAUACGUUCAAGUCUUUCCAGGAGUCCGUGAGUCUGGGAUACAAUGUUCUAGGAAAUAUAGGCAGGCACAACACCAAGUUCUUAGCAGAACGCGGGCAGACGAGCAGCAACGAUCUAAGCAGCAUUAACGAUGACGCCAUGUCGCAUUUACCCGAUUUCUUCUCAAAACCUGCUGCCGGAAAUUUUGAUGGUGUCUAUAGCAACAGAGAUUUUCAGAAAUCGUUUGAAAAUGUAGAUAUGGCCAAUUGUAAAUAUGUAUCAUAUGGUAACGCGAAUUUCACGAGGCCUGUGAUAGAAGAUAGGUUUCCAAAAGUAAAUAAUUUAAACAAAAACACAUGCACUAUUACUGUUGAGAAAGAACAGCAGAAUAUAUUUGAAGAAUCUUGUUUCAAUCAUACUCUGAAGGAUUCACCCAAUAAUUGCCAAACUAAAUUGGAUAAACCAUUUUUCAAAAAUCAAUUUGGCUUUAUCGAAGAAAAUCUGGCACUAGUCAAACCGGGCAAUAGACAGAGUUUCGCGUCUUCACAUAAAACCAUUCAACCUACGGCUGUUCAGAACGAGGCCAAAAUCAAUGUGAAGACUUUCAAUCGUGGAUCAAUGAAAGCUUUCUCUAAUGAAAAGAAACAAACUCACGCAUCUGAAAACCAAAAUGACAAAAAAAUGCCAACUGUCCACUUAAAUCAAAUUAGCUUUGCAGAACUGGCCAAGCAAGCCGAAGCCAAACAAAUAAAUCCUGUGCCUCAACAGCUAAUACCACAAUUGGCAACACACUCUCGUGAAAUGUCUGAGAUUACAAUGGACGCCAAGCCACUCAUUGUUUUUUAUAACGAACAGAACCCAAGCAGACGUGAAGAUCACGGCUUUUGCAAUCAUCCUGAGGCUAAUAAAAGAGUCUUGGGCAAGAAACAAGGUCUGCCUAUUUACGUCAAAACAAUCAACAAACCGAUGACCAACACAACAUCAGAGGAGCACCAUCGAAUGGACAGGGAUUCUCACACGUGCUAUGAUUGCCACAGAGAACGAAAACAAAAGCAGUUUAUAUUUGUUGAGAAUCAUCUAACUUGUGAUAACUUUCAAUCGGGAUUGAAAUGUGAUGCCAAAUUCACGGACCAAGAGCAGCACUUCUAUUACGAGGCGGGUAAUACCUUUCACAGUGUUAGGAACAGUGGUGAAGACACUCUGUUGUGGCAUAGUAAUACCAAAGAAAACACCUCAGUUGAUAAUCACCAUUUACAUCAAGACAGCCAUCGAUAUUCUGGUGCGUGCACGCCUUACGAUAAUAUUUCGACGAUCACGUCGCGAUGCAAUGUCAGACGGUUGCCAGAGCAUUUACCUAGUUCAGGGCAUGCUGCAAGUCGUAUCUACAAGGACAAUUUACUUCGUACUGCAGUGAUUCAGGGCGACAACAUCCAUCCAAAUGUCGGUCCUCAAAACGUGACUCAAAGUUUAAACACUGUAAAACCAUCAAUAUUUCACCCCGAAAGAAAGGAUAAUGGUUCAGAGAAUGAACAAGAACAUUUCCGAGGUAAACCUCCCUCAGAAAGAUAUGAAAGCAAUACUAGACAGAGAAAGUAUCUUGAUGUCCUACAGAGAAAUAAAGACGCCGACCAGUAUAGAAGAGAAAAGACGAAAAUGAAGAGGCAGAAAUGCAAUCAUCUGGUCAAAAAAUCCAAAAGUUUAAUUUCUGUGGGCAACAUGCUGUCUCACCUUGCUGCUAAGCCAACCAAAUUCUCUGAUCAGCAGGAAGAAUGCGUUCAAGUUUUAAAACCCAACAAGUGGAUAUGCCAAUACCGUGAGCCAGCUAACGCCGCACCUGAUUUGAAAACGUUGGAUGAUCUCAACCAAAGACCGAGACAGUUGGAGCACGUGAAAAAUAAGUACAUCAAAUGUAGCAAGUCCAAGAAGACAAAGAGCCACCGGCACGAGCCUUAUAGAAAACAUUCUUUUGUCAGCACUGACAGCACACCGUCUGGCCAUUGUAUCACCUAUCGGAACAGAAACAACUGCAGUCCGUCUCGUAGAGGUCGCUUUGUAACGGCGCCUAAAGUAGAUCCACAGUUUUUUCACACUGAACAGUCGCCGAAGCAAUGUAGAAAAGACACUACAACAAAAACACUUGAAUCUGAACAAUGGCUGCUCGUAGAGCCCGAUGAUAUAGCCAAUCAAAGGUCCAAAUCUUCAUCAGAUAUUUGCCAGGGAGAAAUUAGCGAGUCGGUGGAGAAUGAACAAAAUAAAAACGUUAAUAAAGUUGACAGCAAACGCUCCAAAAGUUGCGUCUCACGAACAGUGCGCACGCCAGAAAAGUGUUUGAAUAACAACAUCGCACUCGAAGAGCAUUCUUUUAAAAAGGGGGACACAAUUGUGAAGCCUUCCGAAACACUUGGCACUUUAAAUAAAUCAAAUACUCAGAGUAGUUCUAACACCCUCGCUAGUUAUUCAAAUCCUUCGCACGUCUUAUUAUCAUCACAGCAGCCGACAAACAGCAUGACGUCAGAGCCCGGGCUCAGUAAGUCAUGGGCUGGGGAGGAACUACCCUCAACAGAAAGUCGUGCUGAAGACGAGAGUUUAACUUCAAUGACUAAGCCCACGUUAAAAACUGCAGUGCAACAGUCCAUGACGCAAAGCCACACUACACAGACAGACGCGACGUUUCUCACGGCCAGCGUGGAUGUGCAAACAAGUCCACUUUACGAUAACCGUCCGACUGGAAACUAUUUUCCUGUUAUAAACGUAGGCGUUCAAACAAGUCCACUCUUGGGAAACAAGAAAACCUGUCAUUCCAAGCGCAAAGGAUUUAGUCAAACUCCGAAAUCCUUGAGAGACAAGUCAAAAGCCAUGAAAAUGAACAAGUUAAUGAGGUUAAAGUAUGCAUACAAAAGCAAUCCUAUCAAUGGCGAGAUGAUAGUUACAAAGGAUUUCUUGUCAAGACAACCGCAAAUCAAUCAGCUCUCUCAGCAAACCCCUUCCACAGAUCAGCAACAAAAAGAAACGUUUCUAGCGACCUUUGGAGCCAUCUGUCAAUCAGUUGUAACAAAGUCUCCGCCAGGAAAAAUACAAGCGAAAUCUUUGCUAUAUAACAAGCUGGGCCAGAUAAAAGACGAAAUCAGCAGUGACCAUUUAGCUUUGGGAUCAUCAGCGGAUAUCACGUGGUCUAGUAAUUCCACCAACGGAAACACUCAAGUGUCGUCUGAGCGCAAAGAAAUCUUUCUCUUCCGAGGCCUUAACUCUGACCUAUUCUCAUCCCAAAUUACCUCGCUGGCAGAACAGGGAAAUAGUUCACCAGCAAAGGGAACUGAACCAAGCGUAGUUCUAGUUGCCUCGGCUCCACAACAAGAUGACUCUACCCACAACAUUGCGUUCCCGUCCACGUCAGUUUUGAAACACGUAGAAGCGGUUAGCGAAACUAGCACCGAGUCGUCGUCUAAAUUGUCGGAGCUAAAGAGCCUUUGUCUUGUACGCCCUUCCUGGAAGAACGCGAACGUGGAGGAGAUAGACAGGAGAGUAAAAAGGGCGCUAAGGCUGCGUGAAGAACUCCAUAAGCAAAGGUCCAUGGCGAUGGAGGCAGAGAUCAAACGUAAAGACAGCCAGGAACAAGAGAAAAAAAUAACUCCUAAGGUCCCAAAGACAAAAGACAAAGUGGAAGACCAGAAUAAAGUACCAGUUCACAACGCGUCAACUAAUAUUCUGCAUAUUGAUAUGUUCCACAGUAGUUCCAAACAAGCAGAAUCCGUUAAGCCUCCAGAUAACAAUUCUUUAGUCGGCUUAGAUAAGAAAUCAGUGAAGAACUCAACCAAUCAAGAGCAUUCUUCUAAUUUGCAAAAUCGUGCUCCCAAAACGUCCAAGAAGGUACCUAAUGAAGGGAAAAUGCUAAUUUGCGCGGAACAAAAAUGUUCGCUUCAAGACGACAAUGAUAGCGACGGCAAUGACACGAACGCAUUGCCGAUUAAACCUUAUAAUGAAAAUGUGGUCAAUGAAACUGAUGCAUCACUAGUUAAACCUUACAAUGAAAAUGUGAUCGUAUCGACGCAAACCAGCUUCAGCAACAUCGAGCUGAACACACUGAAACGUGCCCGCGUCAAAGAUAAGAACUCUCCUCCAACCAAGAUUUCCAAAGUGGAGAAUGCUUUGACAAAGCCAGUCGUGCACAUCGGUGAGCUAGUGAGUUGCCUCCCCCAGGUUCCUCUUGCAUCAUUUGUGGAGUGGUUUAUAGAGACCUCAGACCCUAACAGCUAUGUUAGUUCUGAUCAUUCCAGCAACUCAUCGGGGAAGGACCGCGAAGAAAAAGUUACAAGCAAUGAGGUCAACGCAUCCGAGUCGGAAGACCUUAGCUGUUAUGUUCAUUACAGAGGUAAGACGAACAAGCUUCACCCAGUGCCAUCGUUUAACAAGCAAGAAACGCCGCCGUCAGCUUUUCAAUUCACUAUCGCUACAAACUCAGCAAGUGAGAACGAAGCGUUAGUCUCUCAUUUCAAUAGUAAGAUGGUCACAGAGUCCAGAGAUUCAAAUCGCCUUGCUCAACAAUGGGACCAGAAAAGAAACGAUGACCAGCACGCUACCGACAGACACUGCUCCGAUGAAGAUCAGUGCAUUCAUAGGCACUACCCAGAAGUCCAUUUCUCUCGCAAUCAAAAGGAGAACGCCGUGGAAGCGCUCUCAACUCCGGAUUGGUGCUCACGGGACGGCGGCGACUCUGUGGUCAUCUCCGAGAUUUCCGCUUCUGCUUCUGGCACUACGGUGACGCAGAUAGACAACUCGUCUUGCACCGUCCAGACACCAACUGCCCAGUUGGCCUACGAGAACUACUCGGACGACUUGUCACCUUCUUUUACAGGUGAUAUUGAGACGGCCAGCUCGGUGGACACUUGCACUGCGGACUUGUCCGUGUUCCUGGACGGCUACGGGAACUCGUUCAGCACCAAGGGUAACAGGGAGAUAAUCUCGGGCGAGGAGAACAAAGAAUGGGCCGCAGGGGCGGUCACUCACGCCAAAUUUAAGGAGCAGACGAGCUGCGAAAUGAUUAAUAAGAGGAUGGAAGAGGAAAAACUAUCAGGGCCUGGGAAGGGACACAUCUUUAUGAACUUUAGAAAGACAACAGACUCGCACGAGUUAUCUCGCUACGACAGGACUAGGAUACGACUCUUGAAAUCAUCAGAUGUAACUGGUAUCAUCACCAAAGUUCAGAAGGGGGACUAGUGUUAAUGUUUCUCUACAUGAAACGUCACAUUGAACGUGUUGUAACUCUAGCAGUUGACUUUAACUCUGUGACUUUGACUCUAUGACUUUGACUCUGUGACUUUGACUCUGUGACUUUGACUCUGUGACUUUGACUCUGUGACUUUGACUCUGUGACUUCGACAGGACAAAACAUGAAACGUCACAUUAAACGUGUUGUAACUCCAGCAGUUGACUUUGACUCUGUGACUUUGACAGGACACUUCACUUACUCAUACUUAGGUACUUAGCCUACGUUUAUUACAAUGACUUCUGUCAAUUAAUCCCUGAAUGAUAUUUCAAAUUUUCAUUCUUCCUUCAAAGCCUACACGAGAUAUGGUAGAAGAUAACGACUCAAUAAUGUCAUGGUUUAUCCAUUACUUCCGAUGUGUGACAAACAGAACUAUAUCGAGUCAAACAUAUUAUAGCUGUACAAAUGAUAAAGUGACAUGAUUGAUCUAUAUAUUCUCAACUAAUUCAUUUGAGGAAAUAGUCGCCUAGUACUAAAAGUUGUGAAUGAACUUAAAAUCCUUCAGCUAUGCUUUGUCUAGUCUAGCAGUUCAAACUUUCUCACCAUUUAAAGAAAACACAAUCUAAUAUAUCAAGUUGUGACUACUUUGUCCACUACUUUGUCCACUAGUCCUAGGCUUUAGACAUUUACUUCAUAAUCAUUUCUAUUUCAUUUUUACUUAUUUUAUAAUUACUGUUAUACA